AUGGUCGAGCCCCCAGAAUUUCCGUUGCUGAGCGAGGCAGUUGUCAACCGAGCUUCGCCCCUUUUUACCCCCUCUCUUGCCACCGCCGUGGUUUUAACGGAAUCGCAGCCUAUUUCCCGCCUUCAGUUGCAGGCUCAGAAGUUACGACUGGCGCACAGCAGAGGGCCCUACUACGGCGGGUCACUGCCCAACGUCAACCAGAUUGGAAGCGGCGCAGCCGAGUUUCAGGGUCCCCUCCAUUCUCCUCUGGACUCGGCCCGGGGCACGCGGCAUCACGGCCUGGUGGAACGAGUACAGCGGGAUCCCCGCCGGAUGGUUUCUCCACUGCGACGUUAUGUACGACAAAUCGACAGUUCUCCUUACAGUCCGGCGUACCUGUCCCCUCCUGCUGAACCCAGCUGGAGAAGGACGAUGCCUUGGGGCAAUUUCCCUGUGGAGAAAGAACGUUUGUUUAGGCUGCCUGCCUCCCUCAACAGAACCAAUUCGGACUCGGCCCUUCACACCAGCGUGAUGAACCCGAACCCACCCAAUGCCUACCUGGGACCCUCCCAGGGGGGGCCCCCUCCCAACCGCAAGAGAGGUGAGUGGCUUAUGGGGGGGGAGGUCGGCGUUAUCACGCGUCCCGGUACAUGUGUGUCUGUGUGUGUGUCUCGCGAGAGACCUGGGUGGGCGGGGGAGAAAGUCCACACUCUGGCUAGGAUUUGGGGUUUCCUUCCCCGUCGAUUCGAGAUGAUGGUUUAA